AUAUUUUUAAACAUAUAAAAGAUUUGAAAGUGAUUCUAUCGAUUCGGUCUUAGCAACUUAAUCUAUCAAAAUUUUAUAACUAAAUACAUUUGAAUAAAAAAAGAGAGAGAGGAAAAAGAAGCGAAAAGAAAAACGUCAAAAGUAGCUAUAUAUUUGUAAGAGACUGUUUAUAAAGAUAUUGUUCGAGUUGUACAUUGCCAAUAUCAUUUUUCUUUAUUUGUGUUUACAUGUAAAUGAUCACUCUCAACAUCAUUCUUAAGUUUAUUAAUAAGACUUUCCUGUUCAAUAAUAAUAUUCAGUGUUCCUUGCAAGUUGCCUGAAUAAUUGUAAAGUCUCCGUUAAAUUUUUAAUUACUAUAAUGGCUGAGACACAAAGAAUGACUGUAUACGGAAGACAUCCUCCAUGCGCCAGUAAUAGCAGAUUGGAGGAACGUCGGGCUAAGAGAUUGGCAUUACGACAUGAGAGAAAUCGAAAGCCGGACAAACCAGAUGACUUUGUGUGUUAUGAAUCGAGCGACGAUGAAGCGGAAACGGUGACCGAAGGCAAACAAUUCCUGAGAACGUCAUUCAAUUUUGUGGAUUACGUGCGUGCACGUGAAACGAACACGCGCGAAGUGCGAAAAAUCAAUCAGGAAUAUGGUUCCCGACAUAUACUGACACAUGAUCUGUUCAAGGAGUAUUCGGUCAGCUUGAACAACAUGAAUAAAGUGUUCUGUUCGCAAUGGUUGAGUGACAGACAAGUGGUAUUUGGAACAAAGUGCAAUAAGCUUAUGGUAUAUGACGUAGCAACGCAGAAGCUAGACCAGAUUCCAUCUCUUCACGGGAGACAACUCAGUCCGGGUGGUAAUGUUAUGCCCGAGCAACAAUGCGGCAUUCAUUCCGUUCAAAUCAAUCCUUCGAGAACACUUUUAUCCACCGGUGCGAGAAAUAGUAAUGAAAUAGCGAUAUACAGAUUACCGACUUUGGAUCCGGUUUGCGUCGGCGAGAGUGGCCACAGGGAUUGGGUGUUUGACAUGUGUUGGCUCGACGAUGAAUUUUUAGUGUCGGGCUCUAGGGAUACGAAAAUGGCACUGUGGCGUAUUGAUAGUGAUCUCGCUGAAGCUCCUGACAAAGCGGAUGUGCCUACACAUAGAUUGAUUCAGCCUGUCUGUGUAAAGGAAUGCAAGUCUGCUCAGAAAGUACGGGCGUUGGCAUUUAAUAAAGCAUACAAAGAAAUCGCAGCAUUGACGCUCAAUAGCUUUAUACAUAUCUGGUCGGCCGAAUCCUUCAAACAGAAAAUAUCCAGAAAACUGCCAGCCUGUCAGGAAAACGUGUGUCUCGCCGUACAGGAUGAUGGUGUUUAUGCGAUUGGAUGCAGAUCUUACACUCUUCUUCUGGAUGCACGUACUUUGCAGCCGAUUAAAAAGAUACCUUCAAGGUACAGUGGUUGUGGUAUCAGAUCAGCAAGUUUUCAGGGAUCUGUUCUAACUAUUGGAACUGGUUUAGGAAUGCUUAUGUUUUAUGAUGUUAGAGCUCAGAAAUAUCUAGAAUCUUCUAUAAACUCUAAUAGAACUGUUGUAUUAAAAGCUUCAAAAGGAUAUGUGUUUCCUGAUGAAGAAUAUAUAGAUGGUUUUCAAAAUGUGAAGUAUACACCUGCUAUUUAUACCCAUUGUUACGAUGCAUCGGGUACCCGACUAUUUACGGCAGGUGGUCCAUUGCCUGCGAAUCUAUAUGGCAACUAUGCAGGAUUAUGGCAAUGAAGGACCAUGAUAUAUAUUUAUUUAUAAAUCAUAGAGAAGUCAUGGUUAAAAAAAUAAAUUAACGCUGGCCGCUAUUUUAUUAUGUGCGAUUAAUAAUUUCAAUGUAUUAUAUUUA